AUCUCACGUGCUGCUUGAUGCUUAAUAUCUUCCAGAGCGCAUUUGGUCUUGGAGGAACUUUUUAGCGUCAUGAAGAACAACACAGAGCAAGGGAAAAUAUAGAAGUAGUUGUGGUUGGAGGAUGUGAUGACAUCACAGAGUUCAGCGGGAACACGGGGCUUUUAAAAAGCUGAAAGAAACAUCCUGACACUCAGUGAUCGCGUCCCCCGAAAGGGAGUCAAACCCACGUUGGCUCUUAAAGAGCCAGACUGUCUUCAGUCAAGACACAAAAGGCUCCGUCCCACCACUCAACAUGCACUGGCAAAAAUCUUCUGCUUCAGAACAACAGCCGCAGCCUCGCCCCUACCAAGGGGUCCGCGUCAAAGAGCCAGUGAAGGAGCUAUUGAAAAGGAAACGGGGAAAUGUUCAUAAUGCCACUGCAGCAGCAGCCACAACGGUUGUUUUGCCCCACCAGCCCCUCCCUUCCUACACACCAAUGGGCCAGCCGUGUAUCGAUGUGGAUGCUGCUGCCCCUCCACUGCCCGGCGCAGAGGAAGGAGCACUGUGUUCCAGCUGGCUCUCCCAGCCUUCUCCCUCAUCCCUGCAGCCUCUGACCCAGUGGACCACUUACCCCGACUACAUGUCCCACGAAGCAGCCAGCUGUCCUUACACUGCAGACAUGUACAUCCAGCCUGUGUGUCCCAGUUACACGUUGGUUGGACCUUCGUCUGUACUGACUUAUGCUUCUCAGCCACUGAUCACCAAUUUCACGCCCCGAAGCAGCACCCCGGCCGUGGUGCCCCAGCUGGAGGUGACGGAGCAGCAGCCACCCAUCACCUACUUCCCGUGGCCACAGCCCCUCUCAGCACUGCCAGCCCCUACCCUGCAGUACCAGCCGGCCUCUUCCACGCUCCCCACGCCGCAGUUUGUGCCCCUGCCCAUCUCCAUCCCUGAUCCAGCCCCGCAGGAGCUGGAGGACGCCCGGAGGGUCAUCGGCACACUGCCCAUAGAGAAGCUGCUGCUAGAAGAUGAAGACAAUGAUACAAUUCUACAUAUUUAUGCAGCUAAAGGUAUGAGGGCGUUUACGUUGGCAGCUGCAGAGCGCAUGAAGGAGCUGCGGAGACUUGAUGCCAAGGAACACAGAGGAAAGACCCCGCUCCUGGUGGCCGUCACUGCCCGGCAGCCAGCGAUCGUCCACGAUUUGAUCCAGGCAGGAGCAGAUGUCAAUGCUGUAGACAACAAAGGGCAGUCAGCUCUGCACCUUGCUGCAACAUAUGGGUAUGCCCAGGUUCUCCAGGUGAUACUCUCACAAGGCCUCCCUCUUGAUUUAGAAAUGAAGGAUUUUGAAGGCCAUACCCCUCUGCACUGUGCUGUCCUGGCCCACAACACACUGCUGCGGGAUCGGAGCCGCCUGGCACUGCCAGAACAGCAGAGUGAAGAGCUGCAGCACCAGAGCUGGGAGCUGGAGACCUGUGUGCAGCAGCUGGUGCAGGCAGGAGCUUCCAUCUACAGCCUGGAUGUGAAAAGCAACAAGACGGUUCUUCAUUACACCGUCCAGGAUGGGAACGUCUCCCUGCUCCGCUACUUCCUGGAGCUGAAUGGUUUCAAAUCCAAGGACUUCAUCAACAGCAAGGCUCAUGGAAACACAGCUCUACACAUGGCAGCUGCACUGCAUGGUGACAAGAAUCAGAAGGAAAUCAUUCAAUUGCUCCUUGACCACGGGGCAGACCCAAGCAUCCGAAACUUAGACAACGACCAGCCCAUCCACAUGGCUCCUUCUGGGAAAGCUGGGGAUCAGGUCAGGCAUUUGCUGAAGAGAGGAAAAGUCGCAUCGACAUUCAUUUCCUGCUGCCGAAAUGCCAGAUCCUAGGUUGCCCGCAGCUUCUGGAAUGGCUUCAACUUCAGCCAGUGGCACAAAGCCCCAUAGAACAACCAUGAGGAUGGUUAACCAGCGUGUCUCUGCCCCCAGAACCUAUACACUGGGGUGGGAUGGCAGUGUUUCUCAACCUGUGGCCUUUGGACCAUGAGUAGCAUGGGAGAUAUCAAGAGAUAAGCUCUGAGAUGGUAGAGAAGCUUAUUUUGUCAACAGGGAAUGCUAAUAAUCCCGUGACACAAAUUAGCAAACAUUUAACAUGCAGCCAAGCUUUGAUUUGGUGGCAAAGGGCAGCCAGAACACAAGAUGGUCCUUGGUAGCAAUGGUUGAGAAAUACUGCUUGAAGCCAUGCUCACAUCCUGUGCAGGGGCACUGGGUGAAAUGCUGAAGCCUUUGUGAUGUGCAAUGAGCUCGACUGUCUUUGGGAUGCACAAACCUUGUGGGGGGAGGAGGGGAGAAAGACUGGACCAAAGAGGUCGCACCAAGACUGCAGAGUUUCCAGGGGCACGGCUGAACUGAAGACCUCCAAGGGAGGGUUCCUGCAAGCUGCUGCUAUCCCUGCUCUUAGCACUUUGAGGAAGGGAGCUGAAUCAGCUCUCCAUUGCCCCAUCCCUCAUCCCAACCCAUGAAAGGAGAGCAGAUGCUUGCGAGAGCAAGUGCGUGGCGCGGGUUCUCUCCUAUCCUCAUCCCAUGUUAAGAAGUUCUUAUCCUUUCUGUGAAAUGAUUUGUGAAUUGCUGUGCAAUCAGCUGGCAGCGUGUGGGGCAGGAGGAGUGAAGGCAGGUGCCUGCAGGGGGUGAGAGCUCUGCUGUGACAGCCAACACAGAGGUUCUCAUCCUCAGUGCACGCUCUGAGUGUUGUUGUUCUCUCAGUCUUGCAGAAGUUAUUUUCUUCCAUUGGGACCGAACUGAUUAAGGUGAAGGGCAAAUCUCUUAAAUCACCCUGUGACUUCCUCCAUCGCCCAUUAACUCAACGCAGCAGGGCUUUGUUAAGCACUUGUGAGCCUUGCAAACCCUUCAACGACUGUUUUGCAGAUCCAAACAAAAGCUCUUAAGAAAUGCAGGAGUCCUGAUUAGAGACCUUCUGACUUCCUCAUCCCUCCUCUUUGCUGGUUGGCUACUGCUUCUCACUACAUCAUGCCUACAAACCUGCCAGCGUCCUCUGACAAAAAAAAGCAGACGCAUAUUUGCAUGUGUUUGCAUAAAUUUGCAUGUAUCUGGGCACAGGCCGGCUCAAGCAUGUGCUUCCUUGCUUUGAUGGGAUGCUGUAACGAGACCCAAAUGAAUGAGAACUGCAUUGACGAGGAAAAGUGGAGAAUAAAUUCUCUUUCUUGACCUUGAGACGAUCCCUCCCGCGGCUCAGCAACGAUCCCUGUGCCGUUCUCUGUGCCAAAAUGAAUUUCAUCCCUUCGAGUCUGAUCGCAGUAUCUCUGCUUUUUGCAGCUGUUUUGAGGAGGAAUGUCCCUUUUAUAACAUCAGCGGCGCUGGCAGCGCUAAUACCCCUUGUUUGCACACUUUAUCUCUUCCUACCCGUGGCUUCAGAUAAGUCACAGAGAACAAAGGCUCGUUAACACUGAACAAACGCUUCCAAGUGGCACCAUGGAAAAGCCAUUGGGCGGCUGGCAAGGAAAGCUUUUUGAUCAGAUCCUCUGAGCAACCGGUUAAAAUAAGAGCCCUUUAUUUUCUCUACAACUGCAGGCUGCUGCUGGAACUAUUCGUGGCUCAGAGUGGGGAGAUCCUCAUUUCUGAGUGCCCACGUGUUUAUUCCACCUGGCAGGGACUGGCAUUUGGCAGCGCCGUGCCAGUUCUGUUAGAGAUACGGCAUCAGCUAUUUUCAUGUAAUCAGCUUUUACAAGGAAGGAAAGCAGGGAAAUAACAUGCUCCUCACGGCCAGAAAAUCCACAGUCGGCCUUUGAAUGGUUUCCCCCUCUGUUAUUUUUUCCUUCCAGUUCACAAUCAGCCCAGGAAUCCUUGUGUCAACAAGGGGCAAGCUUCGGCUUGCACUGCACGUGUGGAGCUAUUGACACAUUGGUGUCUGCACCCCCCUUGCUAUGGGGGACUGCGAAACAGCAUAAAGAAACGCAGCAGGGAAAUGGGAAAAGGCUGCCAGGGACGGAGAGUGACUUGGUUAACAGAUGGGGAUAGUGUCAGCCUUGCUGUGCUAACGUGGGUGCUUUCCUUGUUGUAUGCUUGCAUAGAACAUGAACAUAGAACAAGAACACCCUCUGGCAGUUCUGCUAAGCUCAGGCUAAUGCAGCCAGCCCACGGGGAGGAUGUGGUCAUCCCAUUUCCACCAGCAGCCUCAAACACCUCGCCUCAACCUUAUCCUCCCGUGGCUGUUUAAUGUUGGUGAGGAUGGACUUCAAAGUACGAGGCAUCGAGGAGCUCGGCAGUGUUGGGGCAGGAGGUGACCCUACCCCCAUAGAGAGCAAAGCACCUCCAGCACCACUAAAUGGCACGUGUUGGAGCAUCACAGAGGUGAUGGCACAUUUAUCUGCAUCCCUGGGGGCAUUCAAGGCCAGGCUGGAUGUGGCCCUGGGCAGCCUGGGCUGCUGGUUGGCGACCCUGCACACAGCAGGGGGUUGGAACUGGAUGAGCAUUGUGGUCCUUUUCAGCCCAGGCCAUUCUAUGAUUCUGAGGUUAACCAGGUGAAAACAGGGAAGAGAGGAAAGCAUCACUGAAGGUUAUGGUGAAGGUGGAGCAAUAUUGGUUGGGUUUGUUGGUUUGUUUUUUUUUGGUAGAAUGGAGGAAGGUCCCUAUCUGCCAGCAGUACACAUGUUGUCCAUCUGAGUGCCUCCAGCUCUGGGCAGAGGGAAGGUGUUCAGUUGCAAGAGCCACCAGAGAACAUUACUGUGGAAGCUGAAGAGCUGGAGGUGUGCUGGGGGUUGAGGACUUCUUCCCCAUCUUUGUGAGCCUCCAUCAUUAGCCAAAGAGAAAGUUGCUGGCAUUCAGCACACAAGUAAUGGGCACUGUGAGUACCAAAUUAUUUAU